AUGUUUGCUGUCAGACGCUCAGCGGCUCCCGUGAGGCAGCUGCUGCGUCAACAGCCGCGCCGCUUCGAGUCGCAUGCCGCACACGAUCACCAUCACCAUCACCAAGGACCAGUGAACGAGAGCUUCGGCCCAAGUUUCUACGUCGCCGUCUCAACCUUCGCCGCCAGCUUCCUGCUAUACCGCAUCAGCAAGGCUUCCGAUGACUCCUUCAUUUCCCGUCUCAUCACCAAAUACUCGCCUGACCAGAAGGUGUUUGAGGAGCGAAAUGCCAUUCACACUGCUGCCUUAGAGCAGGCUGCUGCUGACCGUCAUUUGUUCGUUGGUGCAACUCGUCAGGAUUAUGUCGAUUUGAGGAGCACUGAGGUGUUCAACGCCGGAUCACCAUUCAAUGUCGCCCCUGGCUCCCAGGCUGACCUCAGCAAAAUUGCUGCCCACUAUCACCAGAAGAACCAAGACCUUGAGGUCGACCGGGUGGCGCGGAUGAAAGAUGGAAAGGUUGUCAGCAUAUUUGACUAG